AUGCUGGGCCGUCGACGCAGCAUGUCUCCCGUGUUCAUGUUGCUCUUCAGCUACUACAUCAGUAGUUUCAAUUUCAUCGAACAUCAUGGCGUUGAAUCUUUUUCUUCCGUUGCAACGCGGGCCUCCAUUCCCAAAAGCCUUCCCAAAAGCCCACGGUUUACUCUGCAGGCAAAGACUGAUCGUGUGAAUAAAGUAGCGGAAAACGAGAGGUACCAAUCCUUCCCGAAUGUCGUGUCCCAAUCACAAUCAAGUGGUUGUCGCAGCCACCGAGAAGCCAAAGGUUUGGUUCUCGCGACUCUACUGUCCAUUCUCUCAUUAUCACCAACGUUGGGUAAUGUCGUUCCACCAGCCAAUGCAUUCCCGAAUCCAGCGAGCACAGCCAUUACAAUAAUGCCAAUCGGUCAAGCAGUGAUUGCAUCAUCCAUUUCGGCAUCCACGUCUUUCGUGGUCACUACACCAGAUCCAACCACCACCACCACCACCACCACCACCAAUACACAGAUAGCAGUACCCUCGAUUGCCAAAAAAGGAAUGCCCCGAGUCGCAUCCAUCAUGGAUCUAGCUGGCGUCUUGGAUCCCGACCGCGAUGUCCCCAACAUCAUUCAAGCCAUGAACGAAGCCCAACAAAAGACCCAAAGUGAGAUUCAAAUUUUGAUUGUCAACAAAGUGGAAAAGGGUUACACCCCCAAGAAGAUGGCGACCACUCUAUUCAAUCAAUGGAAACUAGGAAGCUCCCAAAAGAACAAUGGAGUCUUAUUGUUGGUGGUCUUGGACGAACGCCGGACUGAGUUGGAAGUGGGCCAAGCCUUGGAUGCUGCCUUUAGUAAAGAAUGGUGUCAAACCACCUUGCAAGAAACAGCGAGUCCCGCCUUUCGUCAAGAACAAUAUGGCAAGGGACUUUUGGCGACUGUCCAAAGAGUGAGCCAACGAUUGGACGAAGUGGAUCGUGGUGGCGAGCUGCUGCUGCUCUCCAACAGGAAGAAUUGGUUCGGCAAUAUGAGUGGCGGAGCACGCAUGAGUCUAUUUGCAUAUGGAUUGACAUUUUCGCUCUUUUUUUUCUUUGCAAAUGAAGCCAGGUAUCCUAUAAAGGUGAACUGUCCCAGUUGCAAUGCGAAUAGGGAUACUUGGGAGACUGACUAUAAGGUGACUUUGGAAGCCACAGACGAGCAAGAAGGAGAAGAAGAAUUGAUUGGAACCUGUGCCAAUUGCGGCCAUGUCUAUACCCAAACUAGACCCAUUCGAAAAUAUGAUGGGAGUACCGUGGAUGGAGAUGGAAACACUAGCUACUACUACAAUGACAGCAGCAGUAGUAGUGAUUCGGGUGGAUCUUCCGAUGGCGGGGGAGGAGGAGACAGUUGGUAA